AUGGCAAGCGUCGAUAGCAUGGUUUACAGUGGCAAGGAGUGCAACCGCGGAGGCGGAGGAGGAGAAGACGGCGAGGGAGCCCCGGAUUUGUACGGUGAAUCCGAAUUGGACAAGAUGAGCCCGGUGUCGGUGUACUCGUCUUUCGCAGAUGACGACCAGGGAUCCUCCGAGCAGAAAACGGACUCUGAUGGAAGCGUACCCGACUCCGGGUGCCAGAAUUUCGUCCGAGCGCACAGUACGCUUCCUUACCGUUUCGCGGCACAACCAGCGGAGCAGCCGGGCGUCGUCGGCCAGCGCCAGCUGAAGAACAGCAUUUUUGAAGGGGAGUUGCGACGGGCACUCAAGGAAGAUGGACUACAUACUAGCUGUUGCCCGGAGUACGUUUUGGAACUGGCGCGAAAAUACCAGAUCGCACUCAAUGAUCAAAACAAACAGUUGCGGACAGAAGGCCUGGCGCAAGACCGCGAUUCUGACUUGGUGAGCCUCAGUCCAAGGAGCGAGGAGAACGUGAAAGGCAAAGAUUUAGAUCCUCGAUCAAGGCCCAUAUGCUUUGGGCAACAAAGACACUUAGCUGAAGAGAUAUUUCGCGAGAUGAACGCUCAAGACACUAAAACGAAAGUAAAAAAGGGUACCCCGUCGAUAGUUCGUUCACCGAGCGGCAUCAAGAACGCGAUUUUGCGGUGGUGUCAGAUGAAGACGAAGAAUUACCCGCCGUUGGGGGUGACACCAACGUCAUACAUCGACGGAGACAGUGCCGUGGCCGGCGCGGCGUUAACUUCGAGAAAAGUGCUGUAA